AUGUCGUCGCUCGCCACCGCCCUCCUCGCCGCCCACCACGCCCGCCGCCCUCAGCUCGGCCGCCUGGCGAGACUGCUCUCCCACCGAACGGCCCGCCACUCCAGCCCCUGCCAGCCGCCCGCCGACCGCGCCCCGCCGAGCGCUCCCGAGCAGGCGCCACCAUGGAAGCCGAUCCCCUCGACCCUCUCGCUCUCCCGCCGGACGGCGCUCUACCAGGCCCUCGCCAAGUCCCGCCUCUCCUCGCUGAUCACCCUCACGACGAUGGCCAGCUAUGCGCUCUCGCCGGCCAGCGCGGCCUCCCCGCCGGGCUCGCUGACCACCCUGCUGGCCACCGCCGCCGGCACCUUCCUCUGCUCGGCCUCCGCUAACACGCUCAACCAGAUCUUCGAGGCCCCGAUGGAUGCCCAGAUGGCGAGGACCCGCGCGAGGCCGCUGGCCCGCCGGGCGAUCUCCUCCCCCCAUGCCGCCACCUUCGCCUCCGUCUCCGCACUCUCUGGCUCCCUCAUCCUCGCCACCAUCGUCAACCCGACAACCGCCCUCCUCGGCCUCGCAAACCUCCUCCUCUACGCCUUCCUCUACACCCCGCUCAAGCGCAUCUCCAUCGCCAACACCUGGCUCGGCGCCCUCGUCGGCGGACUGCCUGCUCUCAUGGGCUCCACCGCCGCCGGCGCAUCCCUCUCCAACCCCGCAAGCUGGCUCACCGCCGCCCUCCUCUACGUCUGGCAGUUCCCUCACUUCAACUCCCUCGCCCACACCCUCCGCAGAGAUUACGCACGCGCAGGGUACAUGAUGAUGGCCAACCUUUCUCCCGCCCUCAACGCACGAGUCAGCCUCCGAUACGCACUCGCCACGGUCCCCCUCUCCAGCUGGCUGAUCCCUUACUACGGCCUGACCACUCCUACCUUCGGUCUCCUCAGCUUGCUCCCCAACUUGGCCCUCAUCAUCCCCGCCAUUCGCUUCUGGCUCGCAACACCUACCGGCCCGCUCUCUCAAAAGCUCCUCAGCUCGAUCAAUGUCAAAUCCAUCCCUAAAAUCUUGGCCUCUUUCGAAUCUAAGGCUCGUCAAGAACAUGAAGCCAAAACUUUAUUCUGGGCUAGUCUGAUCCAUCUUCCGACCCUUCUCAUCCUCAUGAUGGCCUGUAGACCCUCCCCCUCUUCUCCUGAUGAUCCCAUUGAUCCUCAUAUCACCCCUGAAUAA